AUGUCGACUGCAAAAGGGGACCGCCUGCAGCAUCUCCACAAGUCGCGGCAGCUGCUGUACCAACUGCCAUGCGAGAAGCUGUUUGAACUUCCCGGCCGCCCCAACGUGCUGUACACCAUCAAAAGCUACGCGUAUGACCCCGUCAAGGGCGCAGCCGAUGCGCGCCAGGAGGUUGGCUUCCUUUUCAAGGCCUUUGAGACUGGUCAGAUAGGACCGCGGCGGCUGGCGCGCAUGAUAGGGGAGAACACGCCCCGCAACGCCACCAUUCACGAGUACCUGGACUGGACUGUGACAGCGUUGGAGGCCAAAGACGAGACAGAAUACGAUUUCUCUGGGUUCCGCCUGCUGCUGCUGUACCCCCGGGAGCGCAACAUGUGGCCCGCCCCCAACGGCAGCCGCCCCGAGGCGCGCGCCGACACGCGGCUCGGCGCGCCGCUGGACCCGUGGCCUGGCCUGCAGGCCAAGGGGCGCCCGCUCAGCGCGGCCACCAUCCGCAGCGGCCCGGGGUACCUGGAGGUCCCCUUUGUGGCGACCCACGAAAACAAGCGCGGCCGCGGCUUCGGGCGCUGCGUGGUGGAGGCGAUCGAGGACGUGGCGCGCGCGGUCGGGGUGCCGCAGCUGCUGCUGUGCAGCACUGUGGAGGAGCACGUGCAGAGCACAUGGAAGCACCUCGGGUUCGUCGAGACAACAGACGCUGACCUGGACAGGCUGGACGUGCAGGACCCCGACCUCAUACACAUGCAGAACACCCUACAAAUGCACAAAGCUGUCCCUGCCGCCCGCCGCUGGCGCGCCGUCAAGAUCAAGCACGAGGCCUUUGUGGCCCGCACCUACGCGCCGCUGGACGGCCCCGGCGCGCGCGGCGGGCCACCCGGGCGCGCGCAGGCGUCCGGGCCGCUGCUCGGGAUGACGAACAGCAACCACGGCGGCGCCAACGGCGCCGCCAGCAGCUAUCAGACGGCGAGCAGCCUGGGGGUCAGCGGCGGCGGCUUUGGCGCCGAUGCGGACGGGGAGUUGGACGGCGGCAGCAGCUACCCGCAUAAGGUGGGGCCCGGACGGAAGCUGGGCGGGGAGCAGCAGCAGCAGCAACACCAGCAGCAGCAACACCAGCAGCAGCAGCAGCAGCAGCAGCAGCAGCAGCAGCAGCAGCACCCACCGGCAGUCUAUCAGCAGCAGCAGCGGCCGCCGCCACAGCAGCAUCCGCACCAACAACCGCAGCAGCAGCAGCAGCACCAGCAGCAGCAAAGCGUGCAGCAGCAUAUGAUGCGGCCGUUACAGCAGCAGCCGUCCGAGGCGCUGUCGGACGUCCUGGUGUUUGUCAAGCCUGGGAUGGCCGUGGAGGCGAUGGAGGUCGGGUGA